AUGUCUAUCUUAGAUCUCAAAGCACGGCUUAGAGCACACAUACAAUCACUAUUUGAUGAGGGCAUCUUGGAUUCUUUACAAUUUGCAGAGUUACAAAGUUUACAAGAAUUAAGUGAUCCAGCAUUUGUUGCUAAUACACUUGCUACAUUUUUAAAUGAUUCACAAAGGGCCCUUGCUGAAAUGUCCAAAAUUUUGGACCGUCCUAUUGUAGACUAUCAAAGGCUAAAAGUUUAUGUAAUGCAGGUGAAAGGGAGUAGUCUUAGUAUUGGUGCUCGUUUAUUGGUACUUGCUUGUACAGAAUUUAUCCGAGUUUCUAGUGGUCAUUUUAAAGAUGGAUGCAUAAGAGCCUUGAAUCGGAUGAAAAAUGAGCAUUAUCAUCUACAAUGCCAACUUGAGACAAUUAUCCAGGUGUAUCAGCCAGCCAGCAGCGUAGAAUCUUGCUCCCAAUCAGAGACAGGACAAGAUCGUGCUCUAUUCUCAAGUACUACUCCAAGCUCACCCAUCUUUGCUGAAGCUCAAGCCUUGCUUGCCGGGAUUAAGCUAGCUAGAAGCUCCAAUGUGAAGAACCUUCAGAACCUUCGGAUCUUUUCAGAUAACUCCAAUCUGGUUCAGGCUACUUCAAGCAACUUCUCCUUGAAGAAAUGA